AUGAAACCUAAAUGAAAGAAAAGGUUGUAGUGGGGAAAGGUAAAGCAGGGUUUGCAGGACAUCUCCAAUAAGAAAGUGGAGUAAAUAUAUUGGGUUUUAAAAGUAAAGCAGCUGUUGCUAUUGCUAUUACUACGAUUUCUGUUGGAGAUUUUAUCAGUGGAGUGUUUCUACUUGAGAACUGACAUCAUGGCUGAAGCUUUGUCCUGUUUUGAGGAGGAUUUCACAUGCAUCAUCUGUUGUGAGGUCUUCACCGAUCCGGUCACUCUGAAAUGUAGCCACAGUUUGUGUGAGAAAUGUCUCCAGCGUUUCUGGACGACUCAGGACGUGCCGCGGUGUCCAGUCUGUCGGAAGGAAUGCUCUCACGACGAACCCACCAAGAGCCUGGCGUUCAGAGCACUCUGUGAGACCUUCAAGAAGAGGAAACCCUCCGCUGUUUCAGGAGACGUUUGUCCAGAACAUAAAGAGGAACUCAAACUCUUCUGCUUUAAGGACCAGCAGCCCAUCUGUUUGGUCUGUUACACGUCAAAGAAGCAUGAAAAGCACAAGUGUUCUCCUGUCGACGAGGCCGCUGGGAAUUUAAAGAGAGAUCUCAAGACACAAAUGAACAAACUUCAGGAGACCCUUGAUAAACUCAAGAAAGCCAGUGAGAGAUGUGUGAAACAGGCUGAGCUCAGUAAGGAACACACUAGUAUGGACGAAGUCCAGAUCAAGAAGGAAUUUGAGAAGCUCCAUCAGUUUCUUAAAGACGAGGAGGAGAAACACAUCAGAUCCUUGCGUAAAGAAAAGGAAAUUCAAGAUGGGAAACUCAAGGCUAGAAUGAAGGAGCUGUCCAAACAGAUAUCAGAUCUGUCUGAGAAUAUGGCAACCGUCCGGAAGGACAUGGAAGAAAAAAACAUCACAUUUCUCCAGAAUUACAGCGAUACAUUAAAAAAACUCAAACGGCCAUCAGUACCACACACAACCCCUGAACAAGAAGGAUAUCAGCACCAUCAUUUUCAGACAAUGAUCUUCACCACCUGGGCCAGAAUGCAGAACCUUGUGGAAAAGUCUCCUGUGACUCUGGAUCCAGACACAGCCUCCAGUAAACUACAGGUGUCAGAGGAUCGCACCAGUGUUGAGUACAAAAAAAAGAAAAUACACGUGUCUGAUAACCCAGAGAGGCUGUAUGUGGGAGUGCUGGCGUCGCAGGGCUUCAGCUCAGGUGUGCACUGCUGGGACGUCGAGGUAAGAAACAACAACAACUGGACUCUGGGAGUAGUGGGGGAGAUGGUGGACCGCAAAAGACUUUACAAAAUGGACCCGAAGAGUCGUUUUUGGUGUUUUCGUUAUGUGGAUUAUGAAUACAAGAAAGGAAAUAAAACUAUCAGCCAUAUUAAUAGCCAUGAGAGGCCAAAUGUUAUCCGACUGCAGCUGGACUUUGAUAAAGGAGAGCUGAGAUUCAUCGACCCUUUCAGAAACAAAAGUUUGUGCACCUACACCGGUGGAUUUCCAGAGAAGGUGUUCCCAUAUUUCUGUAGUGGAGAUGUGGACAAGCCACUUAAUGUUUAUGUGGCAAAAAAACGAAACUUAUAAAUAACUUUUUUUUUGUUACAAAUGUGGAGGGGUGGAAGGCACUCAUGUACUUAAAAAAAAAUGUUUGUGACUUGUCAGAGUCAAAUUUUAGCAUUACAGAUGUUACAUCAAAGUAAAUGUUUCCAUGUCUAAGAAAUAUUCAUGAAGCAUGUAGGUGAUUUAUCAACAUAUAAUACCAUGCAAAUCAUUUAGCUCAAUAUUAGCCUGAAUAGGUAAGCAAGCUAGAUUUUUUUCAAAAUAGCAGCUGUGGGGCAAAGUGAGCCAAAUGAUGUGGGGUAAAGUGAGCCAGCAUUUUACCUUACCACAUCAUAAAGCACUGAUGUAGAGUUAAAUCAUUAAAGUAUUAACUGGUAUUAUAAUGUGAUGUUACACAACUGAUUUACUUUAUCAAAUAUAUAUAUAUAUAUGCGUAUUAUUUGUAGUUUUAUUUAAUAGAGAAAGUGUACAUGUGCACCAAAUCCUUCUCUGAUAAGAACCAGAAGGUGCUUUUCACAAAAUUAUAUUCAUAUAAAUAUGCACUUAACAGUUACUACUUAAAGAGUCGCUGUCCGUUUGUCAAGUGCUGAAAUGUCACUUUAAUGACUCUUCAUUGUAGUACACGAGCGUUGACUUAAUUUUGGAUAUAAUAAAUAUAAUACAAUACAAUAUUAUAUUAUAUUAUAGUGUAUAAUAUUAUACUUUACAUAAUAAUAUAUUAUAUAUUAUAUACUUUAUAUAUUUAUAUAUUAUGUUAGGUAAAAAACGUUAGCCUGAAUGCACUGUAAGUCGCUUUGGAUAAAAGCGUCUGCUAAAUGCAUACAUUUAUUUAAAUUAAUUAAUUUAAAUCCAGUAUAGAGAGAUAUAGAGACAUUAUUUCUGGUCCAAUACAUAGCUGGUUUUCGUGCACUUAAGCAAGUAAUUGACAUAUUUUUUCCCCCAGUCUUUGAAGCAUUUCCAGCAUUACUUCUUUUAUUCUUUUUUUUUUUUUUCAUUUAAUUUAAAUGUGUAUAUCUAUUUUUUCUGCCUUUUUUAACUAUGUCAUUAUAAAUGAAUAAAGAAAACUAGUCAUAAAGUGUACAAUAUAGCAUAAUCAAAUGAUUUUGCGCUUGAAUCAAGUUAAAGGUGUAAUCUGCUGAUUGUCCUGCAGGUGAACGCAUAAGUCUGUCUUCUUACUAUGCACUUAGGGCUUUACUUCAGAGCACUCGUAGAUCUAUCGCUAAUAAAAGUGCUAAUUAAGUUACGAUGCUUUUGGGAAACUCAGCCCAGACCAACAGAGAAAAAGCUACCAUGCCAAGAACCUUUGAAUAAAAUGUUUAUUCCUUCAUUCUACUUCAGUUUUUUUUUUUUUUUUUUUUACUUCACUCAACAAACUCUCUGUUUAGACUGUUUUUGGGACGAUUACAACUUUGGUGUUUAAUAUAUUGUAUCAGAAAUGCAUGUAAUUAAAGAUUGAAAUUCAAACAUAAUUUGG